AUGUCAUCUUCUCAGCUUCAGCCACGACAACGUAAGGGGGUCCUACAAGUCAAUUUCCGUGUCGAAGUGAUCGGAAGCCAGGAGUCUCUGGACCUAGAUUGUGGAAGGUUUUACACGGAAUACGUUCUACGCUGCACAUGGUUUGAGUACAAUAAAACACCAGAGAUAUGGGACGUUGUCCGCCGCUAUCGCGAGUUUUGCGCAAUUGACAUACUAUUGCGCGAGAAGUAUCCUUCAUGGGCGCCCAUGUUUCGACUCUUGCCAAGCAAAAAAUAUAUUGGCUCGUCAUUGUCAGCCGAUAUUGUGGACAAGCGGCAGCGCGACCUCGGCCACUAUAUGAUGUCCAUUCUACAUACUUGCCCGCUGCUUGUUCUCGACGAGAUUAUCGACUCAUUUCUUGACAUCAGGCGCCAUAUUCAAGAGCGUGCGCGCGAGGAGAGUACUGAGAGGCGAUCGGCCUCUACACCUACAUAUAUAACGACGAGCAAUUGUGGUGGCAUGAGCCCCGUGCGGACCCAACUAUAG